AUGUACAAAGAGAUGGGUCCGAUAGGCGACAAACCAACACCGUCUCCUGUCAUCGCUGGUCGCCCAAUCAAUGAAGUGCCGUCAUCGUGGCACGAUCGUCGAUCAACACCUCCACUCGUGAAUGAAGAGUCGAAGCCCGGUUCGAGUAAAAGGAAAGCGGCGGCCAGUAGAUCCGGAGGUGAACAAGCCAAGAGAAGAACUCACAGAAAGUUUAAAAUAUCCGAUCUUCCCGUGCCGGUGAGUGUGGUCGAGGAUGGGCGCAGCGAAGUGGCUCGAGUUGCCUUUCUCGUUUUCAUCGUCGCCAUCGUGUAUGCUUUUGCGCAACUUCUCUUCUUCGGCAUGUACAUUGGACUUUGGGCGCUCACUGCGUAUGGAGACAGAUAUUUGCACGACGUUUACUGUAUACUUGUUCUC